AUGAACACUAGCUUAAGAGAGAGCUUUCUCUUGCUUUCUCUUUCUCUUCUUUUCUUCUCUUUCUUCUCUAGCCUAUAUCACUAUUAUCAAGCAGUUGCUGCUGGUGUACAGUCCUCUCCCCCUCUCUCUUAUGACUUGUCUCCACUUUCCUUCCUUGGGAGGACCCCCACCCCCUCUUUUGUGGAUGAGAUUGGGCCUUUGAGUAUUAUUGUUCUCUCUUCUCUCCCUCCACCAGUUGUCACUGCCCCCCCUGUGCCAGCUCAAGCUGGUUCUGCUGCUCUGCCUUCUCCCUCUGUAGUUAUUACUCUGGCCCCAGCUGGAAAUAUUGUUGUUGUUGUUUUCUCUGCACCAGCAGGGUUUGUGGGUGCUGUAAUCCUGCCAAUCUGGUGGUUCUUCCAGGCCUUCCCCCCCACACAGAGGCACAAGCUUUGUCUGUCUGUAAAAGAGCAUGGUGUUGCAAGCCUAUCCAAAGACCUGUGCUUAUUGCUGGUUUGA